GUGUAAAAGGAAAAGAAUGUUUUGAUUUUUCUGUAUAUUGUUAAUAUAAGUGAAAUUUAGAAUAACUUUCGAUAGAUAUGAUUUAAAAUAUCAUUUACAUAUUACGUUAAGCGUUUCAUUCGUAAUAUCUAAUGGCUUACACAGAAAAGGUGUCUCUUAAUGGGACCGCUCUUUCGUUUCUAUUAUACGAGUGUGUUAAUUCAUCGAGUAGUCAGGAAGGCUUUCUGAUCGGGAAUGUUACAACUGAAAUAACUAAUCAUAUAUCAGAUUCCCAAAAUGACAGUGCAAGAUUGGAUACGCAAAUAUUCAUAAGGACAGUUUUGCCGGUACCAUCAGUGGCUUUAUUUUAUUUCCCCACAGGUAAAAUAAAAGAAGAAAUAUUAUCAGAUUUACUCUCUAGUACAGCAAAUGACAUCGUCGGCUGGUAUAAAUAUAGGAAGAAUAGUAGUAUUAAGCCUACUUUUAGGGAUAAGUUAAUAUCCAGAGGAUUGCAGAAGUACUUUGAAAAAUAUCAUGGAAAGAAAAAUUUUGUUACUUGCAAUUUAUCAUCCAAAACUUCAUCAUCUGGUUCAACACAUACAUUUACAUACAGAUUUGGCAAAAUCAAUUGCUUCAAUAUGUAUGAAUACAUUGAAGAUGUCACUGCUAAUUUGGGUGAGAAACUAACAGGGUAUAAGAAAGCUCCUAAGGUUUCACCACAUAGCAUAUUCAAUAAAAUUGUCAGCGAAAGUAAUGUACAGAAUAACAACACAAAUGAUGCAAUCCUGCACAUUCAGGAGGCUGUUGAUAUUAAAAUGAUCAGUGAAGCAAAACUCGCUGCAAAAAAUGAGAGUGCUAUCCGUGAGUUAGAAGCGGAAAUUAAACAUAUGACUGGUAUUUUAUCUGACAAGCAUAUGGUAGACCUACAAGCUGCAUAUAACAAGUUAAUGGAAGAAAAAUUAAUAAAUAGAGAAGUUGAGAUGGCUGAAGCUUGUGUUAAUGUUUUAAAAUCACCUCCUAGUGUGGACAUUAUGAGCAUUCCCAAUAUCUUUCUUAAUAGCAACAAUCUAUCUGAUAGUGAAAACUCAGUACAAUUAAUAGAAAAUGAAAGUAAUGAGAGAAGUUCAAGCCCUAUUGCAGUAGCAUCCACUUCCACCAAGCCAUCACUGAACUAUGCAGCUGCAUGCAAGAAAAGUUCUGAUGUUAAACCAUCCACAAGUAAAACCGAUGAAUAUGAGGAUUUAAUCUGCUUCGAUGUAGAAGAUAAGCAUGUGGCCAAACCGUUAUUCAUCAGUGACAAUAUAAAAUGUUUGGACGACAGUUCCCCUGAGUUUUAAAAAGUGCCUUAAAGUGGUUUUUUUUCUAAUUCCCAAGUUACCAUACAAAAUCGGAAUCCAUUUGCUGUACAUUUUGUUACCUAAUGUUGUUUAACUCUGUUGUUUUAAUAAGUGUUACUUUGAUUUUUAAUUAACUUCACUAAUAUUGACUAAAUCUAUAAUAAAUUAAGAAUAGAUUUGGUUAAAUUAACAAUAAACAUAGAAUUCUUUAUUCUGCAAAAGAGAGCCAUGAAAUUGUUUCACCUAAAUCAGUCUAGCGCUAGACUUAUUUGAUUAUUGUGCUUAUAGGUAAGUGGAACUAGUUGUCAGUGUUAAUGUUUUCCGUCAAAAUAUAUUGUGGGAGACCUACAAUAGUAAUCUGUGUAUACUGUGUGUAAGUAUAAGCACUAAGCUAGCAUACACUAUUUUUUGAACACAUUAGAUAUCGGAUAAUUGGAUCAAAUGCGCCAUUAUAAAGUCAAACCUAGGAAAACGAGAAACCUUUAUGAGUGAUAAUCAUGGUCUGGUCCCUAAGGACGAUCUCCACAAGCAAGAAACUCAGGUUAGAGAGCAACUUAUAUAAGUGAAAAUUAUUGUGGUUUUUUAGACUCUUGCUUGUCCACUUGGAUACCUUGAUUUGAAUCUUCAAAUGUAUUCAUAUUUAACAUUCAAAAAUAUACAGUUACUUACGAAAUUUAUCUGGAACGGUGCCACACAUUUGAAAGUCUGAUAAUGUUUAUUAAAUUAUCUACUUGGAUUUACUAUUUGUUUACGAACAUUUAUAUCAAAUUUGUUGAUAAUUAGUGAUUUAAACAUUUAAAAAAUGUUCUAUUAAAUGUUUUCUCUUCAAAAUUAGUGCAUGUCAUUUAUUAAUUUUGUAAAAUGGAUGUUGAAUAUCAAAUAAAAAUAAAUAUAUUAUAUACAUAAGAUUAUUUUAUAACAAAAAAAUCAAGUCUUGAAUAUUAUAAACUAAUUUCAUUUCACAUUCAGUAACAGGAGUUUAAUAUGUUUUGUGUAGUUUUUUAACAUUUUUCAAGAUCAAAAUGUUUCGAACCUAUCAAACAAGUAGUGUUUUCAAAAAUACUAGUUAUUUUUGAGAUUUAAAACGUAUAUUGAAAAACUAUACAUAUUUCAUUUUUAAUAUGACAGUUAAAUCUGCUGUUCAGUAAUCUGAUAAAUUUUUAAUUUAUAUUAAGAAUAUUUUUCUUCUAUGACUAUUCAGUAACAAAACACAUGAACAAACAAAUUGAAAUCCUUAUAACAUAAUCCUUGGAAAAAUAGAGAUGACAAUGUGUUUUUUACAUUUGAUUUGGCAGUGGAAAUUCUAUCAUUUUCGUGGUUUAGUUAUAAUUCCUCCUCAUAUAUGUGACAAAAUGCAUUUGAAAAUGUAAACGUAUUUAAAUGACCUUGAUAAUGUUUUCAAGAUUAACAUUACUUAGUUUAGAUUGAUAAUCCUCACGGCUAUGUUGUACAGAAUAUUUUUGUAAUAAAUGUCAUUAA